AUGAAUCUUUUGUCUAAGGAAGUUAAAUGCAAAUCGGGAAUCGUUGUGUUUGAUAUUGCCGGGCCGGGAUUUGAGAAUCAUCGAUUACAAGCACUAACUUUGCCUGAUGUGUGCCAGAACCUCUCCGCUUUCCCUUGGAGUUCAGUUCAAGCGCGUUAUGAACAUCUAUCGGACUUACCUUUGUUGAAUUUCGAUGGACCCGUGGAUAUGUUGAUAGGGGUGGAUCAGAUUGACCUCAUUACGCCAGUAGAAAUCAGAAGAGGGCGACGAGGAGAACCCGUGGCCAUGAGAUGUGCACUUGUUUGGGUCGUACGUGGUCGAACCUUCGAAACAGAACCAUCGGUUGGUGCUUCGGUAAACUUCACAAAAAUGAAACCAAACUUAGAAGACAUGAUGCGCACUUUGUUUGAUUCAGAGAAGUUUGGAUCGGAAUCUCAGGUUGAUCAUGGCCCGGCAUGGUCUCAAGAAGACAAAUAUGCAAUGAAGCUCAUUCGAGAAGGGACCAGGAAGCAACUGCAUGAGCCAGGAUAUGAAUCUAGUUUACCUUGGAAGAUCGGACUUCGACCUGAAAACGAUCCGGACAUUGCAAGGAAGAGAUUUAAGACCCUUCAGAGAAAAAUGAAAAAUGACCCAGCAUUGAGGGAAGACUAUCAAAGGGCGAUAGAAGUCUAUCUUAAUCAUGGAUAUGCAAAGAAGGUAGAAUCAGAAACGGAAAUCAAUCACCCACAUCAACAUUGGUUACCUCACCACGGUGUUUAUAAAAGUCCAAGAUCCAGAAAAUUGAGGGUAGUUUUCGAUUCAGCUGCAUCGUAUCGUGGACUCUCUCUGAAUGACUGUCUAUACACCGGCCCCGCUCUUCAGACAGACCUCCAGGAGUUACUUCUUCGCUUCCGCGAGUUUGAGGUGGCCAUGACCGCGGACAUUGAGGCAAUGUACAGCCGAAUUAAGAUGGAAAAAAAUGACGCCAGAUACCAUCGGUUCUUGUGGGAAACGGAGCCGGGUGGACCGCCUGAACUUUAUGAGAUGCAGGGGGUGGUAUUUGGGGACGCGCCAUCCCUAUGCCAAGCCAUUCACGUUCUUCAUCGAACUGCGGAGGAGUUUGGAUCACCAGACUUGCUGAGACUGGUGAAGUCAAAUUUUUACAUGGACGACUACUUGGACAGCUACUCUACGGUGGAAGAAGCGAUUGAAUGGGGAAUUCGAGUCAGAAACACUUUGAAAGAGGGCAAUUUUCAUGUAACAAAAUGGUUGUCAAAUGAGGUUGGUGUCAUGAAGGCUUGCGGAGACAUCGCGGAUCAAACGCAAGACAAGACUCUGGAUUUGGGUCUCGAAGACGGAAAGAUAUUGGGAAUGGUGUGGAAAACAUCAAGGGAUGGCCUGUCAUUCGCCCUAGAGAAAUUCGAGGAUUUUCCGGUGACAUUUUCAAGACGGGGAUUACUUAGCCAAUUGUCUGGAAUAUUCGAUCCAUUGGGACUCGCCGCUCCGCUCACCGUUAAGGAGACCAAGGUGAAUCAGGUCAAGACAACCAGAGCCGAUCUUUCUUGGUAUGAUGAACUAACCACUUUCGAGGAUGCCAUCGCUAAGUUCAGAAAAGAAUCUGGAGGCGCUGAAUUGAAGGGACAUGAAAUCAUCAAACGAGCUCAAAAGGAAUCGUUUGGAGAGGAGUUAGAUGCACUUAUUACGGGUCGUAAAUUGAAGAAAACAUCGCGAUUAGCCGGACUAAACCCCACUAUCGACCCUAGUGGCCUCAUUCGAGUGGGUGGACGAAUCGAUCGUGCAAAGGCUCCCUAUGACCUCCGGCAUCCCGUGGUGCUGGAACCCUCACAUCCUCUGACCCACCUUAUCCUGAACAAAAUCCAUUUCGAAGGAAAUCAUGGUGGAACAAACCACGUCCUUUCGAUCUUGCGCCAACACUACCAUGUCCUACGUGGACGAGAGGCCGUGAAAAGAACCAAGACCAGAUGCUCGUUUUGUCGAAAACGGGAUGCUCGACCUUUAGAUCAGAUCAUGGCAGAUUUGCCAAAUGAACGGCCUGAUGUCUGCUUGGACUUGGACUUGGACUUGGAUUUGGAUUUGGACAAGGAGGAGACAAAAAUCCUUUACCUACCAAGGACGUCGAAGUAUCUAAUUGUCGAAAAAGUCUCAAAGGUUCCCAAGAGUGCCGAAAAGGACAAACACGAUUACGAGCACGACAACAGCAAUCCAUCGGGAGAAUUGGCUCCCAGAUCUCGAGUCCCGGUCGUCACAACUCCAUGGACUUGGUCGAUAUGCGUCGAUUUCGACGGAGUGUGCCACUCACUUGGUGGAUGUGUGGGCUGA